UGUCAUGGGGACGAAUUAAAAAACUAGUCAACUCUCCCUCCGGCAGUGUCAGAUUCUACAAACUAUGAAACUCAAAUCAAAACCAUUAGAUAAACUAUAAACUAACAGCAGUAACUAAAAGAAAAAAAACGUCAGAAAACGAAACAAAAAUUGCAGCUUGUGUUAAUGAAUUUAUGCUGACCGAUCUGAAAAUUGACCCGGUAAAAAAUCAUGCCCAACUUUUGGCCAAUCUGCGCUUGCCGGAAGGAGGAGCUGCUGACCGUCCACCAAAUGCCACAUGUUCUGAAGGAACCGUAUAUUCACACGGGUUACCGCCCUUCCGGCCAGUCAUGGAAGUACUACCUCUACAGUAUGCUUUUCCUUCACAACGAAAGUGUGAACGUGUGGACGCAUUUCUUCGGUUUCUUUCUGAUUCUGUUCAAGACCAUCGACAACCUGAGUGACGUGGAUAUCCUCAACGACAAAACGUCCUGGCCAGUCGUGGGCUACGCCGUCUGCUGUCUGACGAACCUCAUCGUCAGCACUGGGGUUCAUCUUCUACAUUCCAAAUCCCGCUGGCACCAUUACGUCUUCUUCAUGAUGGACUACAUGGGCGUCACCAUCUUCUGCUUUGGGUCGGGGAUAGCGACGAUGUUCGCCUGCUCCACCAAGAUGUACUUUGACGCCAUGUUCCCGUGGUUCUUACCCCUCAACGUCUUGCUCAGCUGGUUCGCCUUCUUCACCCUCUGUAUGGCCAAGUUCUGCCUCACCCACCAACACAGAAAAAAGAAAACCAUGAUGACGGCUGGCGUAGGGCUCCAGAUAACGUUUAUCGCCACCCCUCUCCUAUCCCGCUACUACGAAUGUCUCGCGGCCGACUCCUGCAGUGUCUGGUCCCUGAACCACCUAGCCCUCGUCCUUAUCAUGGCCGUCCUUUGCGCCAUCACGUUCGUCAGCAAGAUCCCAGAGACCUGGAUCCCGGGGAGAUUCGACUUCUUCGGCCACGGCCACCAGAUCUUCCACGUCGUUGCUGUCAUGGCCAUGUUAGCGAUGCUGCGGGCCAUGGAUAUCGAUAUCCACGUUCACGGGACCAUGCGAGAUCUCGAGCCGAGACUGGGGGAUUUUUUGCUCGCUUUUGUCGCGUUGCUGGUCUUAGAGGGCGCCACGCUCUGGUAUUGUAUUCGCUGCUCUGUACUCAAGUGUGAGAAGCGAGAUGAUUCUCUAGAGAUGGCGUGUGCUGAGCUGGCUAAGGAUACCCCCACAGAAAAGAAAUGCCCAACAGAAACCAGCAGCAACUUAGCACUUCCCAAAAACUCCGAUGAAGAAACAUUGUUACGUGGUGAACAUGGAAAUUCAAAGAAAAACGACUGAUCA